CAACACUGUCACUUCCGUGUUCUCUCUCGCAAAUGCUGUCCACAAUUUCACGUUCGAGUAGCGCGAGUGACUCCUUAGCGCGGGCGACCUCGCGCUCGGCCAGCCUCAACUCCCUCACGACGCUGUCGAGUCGGCGCUCGGAGACGACGCGGUCGCGCUCGGAGUGCACGGGGUCACGCUCAAGGUCGCAGUCGACAAGCUCGAGUCAGCCCUCACCUUGCUUCACUCCACGCUCGCCGAGCGCUAGUUCACUAUCAGCAUGCAUGAGUCCACAUUCGCCAUGCUCUAGCCCAGAACCGAAGAGCUCAAAGCCCCAAUCAAGGUGUUCCAGUCCGAAGCCAACUUGCUCGAGUCCAGAAUUAGUGUGGACAGUUCCGCUACCAACUUGCAUAACGCCGCCGGCACACUUGAACCUACCGCCGCCUUACUCGAAACUAUUACCGGCAAACUCAGAUCCACCACCAGCAAACAGGAGUCCACCAGCAGAAAACUCAGAUCCAUUACCGUUAAACUCGGAACCAUUACCAGCUGACCCGAAUCCAUUGACAACAAACUCCAAUCUAAUACCGGAAAAUUCGAACAAACCGUCAGCGUCUGGAUCCACAGAGACUCAACCGGCACCAGCGAGCUUGGAAACGCCGACUGUUUCAUCAAAUGUGCCUACAGUUUCGACGACUACCCGAGCAACGUGCUCUCAAUCAUCUCCAAAAUCGACUAGUACUUUUUCAACCACAGCCUCUGCAUCCACGUCCGAACCCUACGUAACGUUGGCCACAUCUCCCAUAUACUGCGAUACGCCGCCAGGCUCCUGCAGUGCAGUCACAGAACCCUCCGACGACACGCCUCCGAUAUCCCAAACACCCCCAUUAUCCUCUAAUGCCCCUAUCGCAUCCAAAACACAACCGUUGCCUUCGAAAACCCUCCCCGCACUGUACAACGCGCGUGCAGUGUCGUAUUACGCGCCCCCAGUGUUUUACAACCGAACCCCGUCGUCUUUCAAAUCGUCACACGGAUAUUCCAGUACGUCUCAAGUGUCGACCAAGAAAACCGCGGUGUCUUCGAAGACACCUUCGGCAACAUCAAGUACAACCCGAAUUGGUUCAUACACCGCAGCGGCGUGUUCUUAUACGCCAUCAGCCAAUUCGAACACAUUGUCGAAUCCUAUACGUCAAAGGAACUACCCAAUUCCACCACCGGACUACUCGAGUCCUCCACCGGGCUGCCGAGUGAGUGUCUUGGGUACUUCGGGCUCGGACAACCAGAGCGCGACACCGGCUCGCUCGACCCAGCCAUUGCCAUGUCCGGUGCCGCCGCCCGACUACUCGGUGCCGCCGCCGACGUACCCAGCCAUCCGGAUAUCCGGGUCACGGCCGCCGCGCCCCGGCCAACCCGGGUACGCGAGGCCGACGGUUCGACCGUUCAGAAUGAAUUUCGGCUCGCGAACAAGGACCGGAUUCAAACAGUUUUACCCGAGAUUUCCAAAAUACUGAUUCGAAAGGAGAUAUUUGAUUUUCUCGAACCGUCUACCGAAUUGUGACUAGUUUUUAUGAAAUGCGAUUUUCCAAUGACUGUUCAGUGUGUGCAAGACUUGAGAACAAACAAUAUGUGUUAGUGUAUUUGUUUAUAGUAUUUUCGUGCGUGUAAUAUGCAAUCAGGCAAUAUGCGAAUGAACAAUAACGGUUCUGUGGCCAUAAUAUUUAUUAUGAGCUGUAAUAUAAAUAAAUGUAUACAAAAUAUAUAAAUAAACUAUUUUUAUUCAUGUUUAAAAUACAUACAUCCAUGAAUAAAUAAAAAUAUAUAAUCGAUUCUGUAAAAUUAGAGAUGCUCCAUAUUUAAUCUAUUAGAACGGUGAAAUUUGUUUUGUAUUAAUUUGUGUGUAAAUGUUUCGUGGACGUGGUUAAGCAAAACGGAACCAUUGAAUUGUUGGAAGUUUAAAUGAUGAUUUUCUUGUAGAAAAUGUUAUGUGUUGUCAGAGUUAAAAUGCUAAUUUUUAAAGUUGUUCACAACGAAAUUAGCUGUCUCAAAUGAGACGUUUAUAUUGUUAACAUUUUUUUCAUGGAUGUGUUUUGCAUAGCCCCAUCCAUAUAUUGCUUUAUCGUUUUAAAUAGAGCAAUAUAAUCAAUCAAAUAUAUUAUUCCAGUUUUUAAUUAAUCAUAAAGCAAAGUGUAAAUAACAAUUACUGCAAACUAACAAGAACGGUUCGAAUCAUUUCAAAAUGCGCAUGACCCAGCGGUUAUAAAUGCGUACUUCGGAAACUACGGGGUCGCGACUUCCAGACUGGGCAUGCUUAAAUGUGUUUUUAAUUGAUUUACAAAAGAAAAAAAAAUACGUAACAUGACACAUAAAAUUCGCUAGUGCUCACAGUUGGCACUAGACGGCAGCCGUUCCACAUUGAAUUGGCAUUGUUAAUGGCAUCGGCAACAUGAGGCGGUUAACAACAGGCAGACAGAGGUCUGCCAGGGUAGGGUGAGAAGCGUCGGGAGUUAUAUUUGUGAGUUUUGUAGAGAUUGUGUAUUGUUAUGAUACAUCUGUGCUGAGUUGUGUUCCAUCAGAGGGCGGGAGACUGGCAGUGAACUUGGCAUUGUUGAUGUCAUUAGCUGGUCGUGUUUUAAUUUUAUUUAGAACUAAUCAUUAGCGACUCGAGUCGUUUGUAAAUUUUCUGUUUUGAAUUGAAUUCGGAAUGUGAAAAUAAUAAAAUUAAUGUUAUUUUUAUUUUUAUUUAAUCGAAAAAGUGAAUUGAUGAAUUUCGAAAUGUUUUUAUAAAAACCAUUUUGCAGUAAAUAAAAUGUAAGUAGUUCAAUUUGUAAAUAAUAAUAAUAUUUAAGCUAAGAAUUUUUGUAAUAAGGGAUUUAUAUUUUUUAGUACUUCAGCUGUAAUUGGGAUAAGGUUUUAAUUAUGAUUAUUAUUAUUACUUUAAUCGCUAUUUUGAGCCAGAGAGUGUCCUGGCUGGUUUGAAGCUCGGUAAGUGCCACUGUGACGUCACGUGGCUGCUCACGAAUGCUCACGGCUGGGAGGUCUCCUGGCAACGGUAAGUUGAGGAUUCCAUUGCGUGUCUGAUCAUUAGUCCUUUUCUAACGCGACCGUUAGAACGAGACAGAGGAUUUUUUCCGACAUAGUUGCCGUGGUAUUUGUAGCCAGGAUAUCUCUAUAUAUCAAGGAUAUAUGUGUACAUCCUUGGAGUUUUCUGUAAUAUACUAUAAUAUAUUAAACUAAAACAUUGUAUCUCAACUUUUUACGCUUCAUUAAAUGUAAAAAAAAAAACAUAUAUAUAUAUAUCAAUCUGCAAACUGUUUCUCAAAGUUUCUGACUGUCACCUAUAAUAAAUUCCACAUAAAAAUAUGUAUGCUACAAUUUUGGGUGUCUUUAAAAGUGGAAUAUUUUGUUAUUCUUAUCCAGCCCGAUUCUAAUAUAACGCGUUAUAUUCGGUUUCACAGCCGACAUAAUGAUCCAUAGAAAUGACAUUCAGGAAUGUGUUUCUGACGAUUCAGUAGCCAUUCAUUUGAAAUAUAAAAAUAUGAAUAAAACUUUAUGUUUGUAAUGUAAAUACAAGAUUCACGAGCUUCUAAUCUUCAGUGUAUGAUAUAAAUAAUUUACUCUGUUCUUAUUGAAACAAAAAAAAAUUUGAAAAAUAAAUUUGGUUCGGAAAAA